AUGUCUCGCGUCACGAACAAAAAGCCAAAGGAUAAAAAUGCGCCUAAAAAACCAUUUUCCUCCUAUAUGCUGUUUGGCGUGCAUCUGAGGAAGACUGACCCAACUGUAGGCAGCAUGAAGGUCACCGAGCAGGCCAAAUACAUCGGAUCGAAGUGGCAGGUGCUUGAUCCAAAGGAGAAGCAGACAUUUAUAAAGAUGGCCAAUGACGAGAAAGUCAGGUACGCAGAUGAGUAUGAGAAGUACAAGAAGACGCCUGCUUUCAAGGAGUACCAGACCGUUGUGGCUGAAUGGGAGAAGAAGAAGGGCGCGAAGGCAGUGAAGACGACCAAGACGACUGGGCAGAAGCUGUUUGUGCAGGAAUACAAGGAUAACUUGGAUGAGGACGAGAAGAAGAGGCUUGGGAAGGACGUGAGCAAGGAGGCAUUGAAGGAGUGGAGAGCACUCUCCGAUGGGGAGAAGGAGCGAUACAAGAGAAAGGCAAAGGGAGACGAGUCAGAUUCAGGGGCAUCUGAAGAAUGA